AUGCAGUGGACCCCUGAGCACACACAAUGGGCAGAACAACACUUUGACAUCUCAUCCACUACCCGCUCGCCGGCUCACAAAGUGGAAGCCUACCGGGGGCACUUACAGCGAACAUACCAGUAUGCGUGGGCAAAUGAUGACAUCUCUGCACUGACUGCCUCCAAUCUGCUCAAGAAAUAUGCAGAGAAGUACUCCGGGAUCUUAGAGGGCCCAAAUGAAAGAGCCCUGCUGUGCUCCUACUCCGAUAACACCACCACUGGACUCAUGAAUGGACGAAAGUCAGAGAAUGAGGCCUGGCAGGAAGGGAUUUACUCGAUGAACUGUGCUCCAGAUGUUAUAUCUGUGAGCAAAGCUGGGAUGACAGCUGCCCUACCCCCUACAGAUGCGUCGGCUAGCAUAGGCAGUUCCCCGGGGGUAGCCAGCAGCUUGUCUGAGCCCAGCUAUUCCAGCAGUAACUGUGGGAGUCACCCAGCCACCACUCUUCACUCGGGCCUCCCCUCUCAGGAAUACACUGCCAGCUACAGUGGCUCCUAUCUUCAUUCUAGCUACAGCAGCCAGAAUACCCCUGCCCUUCCCUCUCCACACCCCUCUCCUUUGCACAGUGCUGGGUUGUUACAACCCCCUCCCCCGCCGCCUCCCCCUGCUUUAGUGCCGAGCUACAAUGCUGGUUCUCCAAACUUGCCCAACUACAAUUAUCCUCCAACAGGGUAUGCCUCACAGACUGCUGUGGGUCCUGGUUAUAGCCCUGGGGGAGCACCCCCUCCCUCUGCUUACCUCCCAUCUGGUAUUGCAGCCCCUACACCAAUACCUUCCUCCACACUACCUGGCUACACCUACCAGUCCCAUAAUCAUACACCUAUUGCACCUACUCCUUUGAAUGGCAGCACAUCCAACUCAUUAAAACGAAAAGCUUUCUACAUGAGUGGCCAUGGAGAAAUGGACUCAAACUAUGGUAAUUUCAACUACAGCCAACAACGCUCCACACAUAGUCCAAUGUACUUAGUAGCAGACGGCAAUGCGUCAGACUCAAACAGGAGCAGUGGUUUUGAAAGAAGUAGUGAAGCAUCGUCUUUAGGUUUUAAGCCAAACAAACAACCAAUGUCCUCUGACCAGCCAAGAAAAUUUAAGUUGCAUCCUGGAAGAGCACUAACUCCACCAUCCUAUGGAUCAACCAAAAGCUCUGCGGGGGAUCUCAGAACUGGUGAGCCCUACCGCAAGUUUGGCUCUCCCAUCAUGAGCGAGCAAACCGAAGAGCACAGACAGCACCUGUCCCACUCCCUUACAGGGCCUGAAACUGCUAUGGCUACCUCGUCCAUCCAUGCUGCAGAAGAACAGCUGAAGAACAGUGAUUCCAACCUGGUAGAGAUGGUGACCACAGAAAUCCUUCAGCAAGGUUCUCCUGUGGACUGGAGUGACAUUGCCGGUUUGGAUAUGGCCAAAGCAGCAAUUAAAGAGGAGAUACUAUGGCCUAUUUUAAGGCCUGAUAUGUUUAAUGGACUUGCCACAUUACCUCGUAGCCUCCUUUUGUUUGGACCUCAGGGAACUGGUAGAUCAAUGCUGGCACGCUGCAUGGCCAGUCAGCUGGGAGCUGCUUUUUUACGACUGAGCAGCUCAGCAUUGGUGACCAAGUGGCUAGGGGAAGGAGACAAGAUCAUUAAGGCUUCUUUUCUUGUUGCUCGCUGUCGCCAACCAGCAGUCAUCUUCAUCAGUGAUGUGGAUCUGCUGUUGUCAGCCCAGCUUAGUGAGGAGAGUCCGGUGAAUCACCUGAAAGCAGAGCUCCUCAUACAGCUCGACAGCACUCUGACGUCUGCUGAGGACCAUGUUCUUGUGGUCUGCUCUACCAGUAAGCCUCAAGAGAUCCCUGAGAGCCUACGGAGAUACUUUACAAAGCGGUUGCUCAUUCCCUUGCCUGAUGGAACAGCACGCCAUCAGAUAAUCAGCCAACUGCUCUCAAUGCACAACUACUGUCUCAGUGACAAAGAAAUGUCACUGCUGGUUCAAAGGACAGAGGGAUUUGCUGGACUGGAUGUGGCCCAGUUAUGCCAAGAGGCACUAGUUGGUCCCCUUCAUGGCAUGCCUGGUGCUGACCUGUCAAACAUUCAUCCGGGUCAGAUGAGACCAGUCUCUUACCAAGACUUUGACAAUGUAUUUUGCAAGUUCCAGUCCAGCAUAUCACAGAAAGAGCUUGACAUGUACACAGAGUGGAAUAAAAUGUUUGGCUGUAGUCAAUGA